GACGCUGCCUCUUCCCCGAGUCCACACAAACUUCAAACUCAAACUUAUUCUUGUCCUCUUUAGGACAUGAAUAGUCGAAGCAUGUGGCCGGGCAAAUACCGUGUUAGACUUUUCAGGGGUAUUUGAAAAAAACAAUUGUGUUGCUCUCAUGAUCAGACGGCUCGUUCAGUGCAUUGCGUGCUGUUGAUAUGAAUCCGCAUUUCCCAGCGGAGAGUCAGGACUUGACCCAAUAACUCUUUGACUCUGGUCCCGACUUGAUGUGUUCCUGCAAUAACCGAAAGUGACUUGAUCCACAAUGCGAGGGAGUAAAUCUCGCGGUUUGGAGCCGGACUGUCGUAGACUGGCGGUGCUGGAUGGCAGUCCGGCCAAGGAGGUUACCAUUCCCCUGCAGACCGGUCUCAGGAAGAGAUUACAGGCGGCCGAGGAAGAUCACUGCGGGAGUCGGCCGGCUCCCGAGGGAGCAGGAGCGGUCUCCGGGACCGAGGCUAGUACCUUUGAGAAGGAAGAGAAAGGGGCCUGGUGUCAAAAUUGCCAGCUCAAGUUAACAGAGCUCAAAAGGCAAGCCAUGAAGCUCGUCAUCCCUGGAUCCAGCAAGGAUCCAGGAUUUUCAGCUUUUAUGUUUGACAAGCUUCAAGUGCCUGACUCUUCAAAACGAGGUCGAAACGAAAGUGAGAGCCGAUGUGAGAUUUGUGCAACGCACCUGAAUCAGCUGCGAAAGGAAGCCAUUCAGAUGGUGCACACACUCGGCCAGUCAAGUCAAGAAAUACCUGAGCUAUCACAUAGUUCCAUUGCAGUGAGCGGCAUUUCAUCAAGAAUUGCUUCCCAAAGCAUGGUCACCCUUUCAUCACAAAGAGACUGGCCCCUGGUCACAGGACAAGCAAACAGACAGCCUGGAAAAUCAGGAAAUGCAAUCUCAGGCCCAGAGAGAAGGAAGGGCCUUGGCUGGCCUCAGGCAGGCAGCCUUUCAAAGUCUAGUGUUCAAGUGACUGUUGGUUCCAGUGGCUUGAGCAAUGCCCUGAACUCAGUCACCAUUCAGGCUCAGCAGUACCUUGAGGGUAUGUGGAGUAUCUCUAGAGUGAACAACUUUCUUCCACAUGCCUAUUUGGCACCGACAACAAUGACAGAGAGUGGAAAAGAGAGUUUGUCUCAAGAAAUGACCAACUCACCAAACAGCAGCAGUCAAACCUGGGUGAUGGGCCCAGCAGCCUCACAGAAUUCAUUAUUACCUGGCAGGAUUUCUUCUGGCACCUCAGCCGCAGCUUCUUUCUUCAUCAGAGCAGCGCAGAAGCUGAAUCUCUCUUCAAAGCAAAAGAAAAACCAUCCGCUUCUCCAGCAUUCGCACGAGCUGUCAAACAGCAGAACAAAUUUCAGUGGUAUUUUGCAAGUGUCCCCUCCCCCCGCACCACCAUGCCUUUUGAGGGCUGUAUGUAAAGUCAAGGACAACCCAGGCAUUGGAAAGGUGAAGGUAAUGGUACGGAUUUGUCCUUCCCAAGGAGCAAAUGAUACAUCAGAGUCGAUGUCUUUCCUGAAAGUAGACUCCCGCAAAAAACAAAUAACUCUUUAUGACCCCUCAGUGAGUGGUCAUUUUGGUUCUGCCCACAGACGAUCCCCAGCUGUUGCUGCUCCAAAAAUGUUUGCAUUUGAUGCGGUUUUUACCCAAGAUGCCUCACAAGCUGAGGUCUGCUCAGGAACAGUGGCAGAAGUAAUUCAGUCCGUUGUGAAUGGUGCCGAUGGCUGCAUAUUUUGCUUUGGUCACGUCAAGCUUGGGAAAACAUAUACUAUGAUUGGAAAAGACAAUUCAACGCAAAAUCUUGGUGUUAUUCCCUGUGCAAUAUCCUGGCUUUUUAAACUAAUAAAUGAACGCAAAGAGAAAACCGGCACUCGAUUCUCAGUCAGGGUAUCCGCUGUGGAGAUCUGGGGCAAGGAUGAAAACCUUCGGGACUUGUUAUCUGAAGUGGCCACUGGCAGCCUUCAAGAUGGCCAGUCUCCUGGUGUCUAUCUCAGGGAAGAUCCAGUCUGUGGAACUCAGCUUCAGAAUCAAAGUGAGCUGAGAGCCCCUACGGCAGAAAAAGCCGCCUAUUUCCUUGAUGUGGCAAUAGCCUCCAGAAGGACCAGUAGGCCAGAUUGUGAUGAGGAAGAGAGAAGAAACUCCCAUAUGCUCUUUACCCUUCACAUUUACCAAUAUCGAAUGGAGAAGAGUGGCAAAGGGGGAAUGUCAGGAGGGCGUAGUCGUUUACACUUGGUUGAUCUGGGGAGCUGUGAGAAGGUUUUAAGCAAGAGCCGGGAUGCUGGUGGUGGCCUCUGCCUAUCACUUUCAGCACUAGGCAACGUCAUUUUGGCGUUGGUUAAUGGUGCUAAACACGUGCCAUACAAGGAUAGCAAACUUACUAUGCUGUUGAGAGAAUCGCUGGGGAAUAUAAACUGCAGAACAACCAUGAUCACCCAUAUUUCUGACUCUCCAGCCAACUAUGCAGAAACCCUUACAAGCAUUCAGCUUGCGGCACGAAUUCAUCGUAUGAGAAAGAAAAAAUCCAAGUAUGCCUCAAGUUCUUCAGGAGGAGAGAGUUCUUGUGAAGAAGGUCGGAUUCGGAGACCACCUAAUUUAAGACCCUUUCACUCAAGAACUACAGCUCUUGAUCCAAAUCUUCCUGUAUUAGGAAUACCCAGUGAUCCAGAUUAUUCAUCAAGCAGUGAACAAUCAUGCGAUACAGUUAUUUAUGUUGGUCCUAAUGGUGCAGCACUGUCUGAUCGAGAGCUAACAGAUAAUGAGGGACCGCCAGAAUUUGUCCCCAUAAUCCCUUCUCUUAACAAGAAGCAUGACUCCAAGAAAGGCAAGGAAACUGUGAUUGUUGGUAAGAGGACUGAAAGGGACUAUUUCAAAUGUAACACUUUUGCUGAAUUGCAGGAAAGGUUAGAAUGCAUUGAUGGAAGUGAGGAACCCAUCCAGUUUUCCUGUGAGCAAGGACUUUUCAUUUGUAGUAAUAGUCCAGGCCCUAUGAGGACUGAGAAUGUGCAAUGUCUAACGUCACAGGAAGCAGCACAAUCUGGCCCGGCGACAGAAAAGGUACCAAUACCUUCUGCACAUCUCUAUGGAAAACAUUCUUCAAUAGAAAUGGUGUCUCCUAAAAAGGGGCAGAGCCUGCAUGCUCCAGUACCUGUGCAGCAGCAUAAUGGAUCGCCAGUGAAGAGCCCCUGUCACACAAUAACAAUCGAACAUUCAAAAGUGCAAACCAAAGCUGAAGGAAGCAAAAUGGAAUUAAGUGGAAACACUGGGAUGGAUGGAAUGAAGGAGACAAUCACAGCUUCCACAAAUGUGCCCAAAUCCAACAGCCCAAAAGCACACAAGCAGGCCCAAGCCACGCCUAUACCUGUUGUGAGGGAAAAGCUGUUUUACAAUAGAAGGCCAUUGCCAAGCCCUGCACCACCACCGCCACAAACAAAAGAUAGAAAAAUUGAUUGUUCUGAAUCCAGUAGUGGCAGAGUGAUUAGAACUCCUCCAGUAGGAAUGAGCCAUCAGGUGACAAAUAAAUCGGAUUCCAAUGUAACUGGAAAUGCUGCUGCACAUUGCAAAAGCAAAUAUAAACAAUCCACUGGAUCAGACGCAAAUCGCAUAAGGUCUGCAUUCCGGAGUGAUUGUAUUGACCGAGACAUGUUGACUACUACUGUGACUUUGCAGCAGCCUGUGGAACUGAACGGUGAAGAUGAACUGGUAUUUACUGUUGUAGAAGAACUGUCAUUUGAAGGGAUUUUGGAAAGUGGUCGACCUGCUAGCAUUAUUAGCUUUAAUAGUGAUUGUUCACUUCAGGCCUUGGCCUCAGGCUCACGGCCUGUCAGCAUUAUUAGUAGCAUAAAUGAUGACUUUGAAGCUUAUACCUCACCGGCAACCACUGUUGGAGCAAACCUGGACAAUGGUGUUCCACUUGCAGAUGAUUCUUUUUGCAACAGUAGCAGACGAUCAUCAAUUAGUUCCUGGCUCAGUGAAUUAAGCAUCUCUGCUGUAGAAAGUGAUGGAGCUCAACCCUCUGACACUUUUAUUGUGCAGUCUUGUUACAGUUAUGAUGAGCACACUUUAGGGCCUUUUAAUUUGGACUCAUCUGACAUGCUGCAAGACAUGUGUGCACCACUGAUGCAGGCUCAAAAAAGCACCUUGACUGAUAGCUUCUGUUACUCUGAAGUACCUAAUGAAAUCCAACCUAUCGUCAACACCGACAAAGGUUCCAGCACCUUAAGUUUAUCCAAAGUGGUAUCUGGCAAAGUUGUGACUGGCAGUAACAGUUCAUCAGCAACUAAAACCAGCACCCCAGUGCAUUGUCAUGUCCCAGUAAUUUCUGAAGAAGAUCCUGUUUGCUACUCCAGUCUUCCCAGGAAAGUGAAAUCUACCUCAUCUGUGAAACAUAGCGGUAGCACAGUAGAUUGUGGAGACACACUACAGCAAGAAAUCGAGCCCGAGGAUCCUUGGUUACAACGUACAAAUAGCCAAUCAGAGCCAAAAGCUGAGGAUCAAGCACUUUCUGUGAAGUCGGCUCCCAAAUCUGCUUCUCACAGUCAAAUCAAACAGCAGAUGAAAACAUCCCAUAAUACUGGAACUAUUCCUCGGCUUAACAAGUCUCACACACCUGUUUCCUGUGCACAGCGGGUUGUUUAUGGAUGUGAAAUGACGAAUAAAUCCGAUGGAAUCAAUAAUGCCAUUGGUGCGAACACAAGGAAAAGUGAUGUGCCAGCUAAGGUAUCACAAGUGAAAAAAGGAAAUGCAACGGUUGCUACAAUGCCAAUAAUGCACACCAGUGUGAAUACUGGAGCUAUACCCAAAGACCAACCAGAUUUUACUUCAGUGACAAGCAGCUUAAAAUCAACUGCAUGCAAGAAAACAUCAGUGCCCAAAACUAGCUUGCUACCAAGGCUCAAUGGGACACCUCCAGCACCCCCCGUCCGUAAAUCCAGUCUAGAACAAAAAAAUAGAGUUACUCCACAAACUAAUGCCCAAAAAUGUACCAGCCCAGAGGUAGUUAAAGUAUCACCAUCAAAAUUCGAGGAUGAAAUAGAUGGGAGACUAAAUGUUGCUUCUUGUAUUGUUGAAGGUAACAAUAGCAGAUCAACAAACAUAAAGUCUGAACAGAUGUUUGUUAAAAGCAUUUCAAGCUCAAAAUCCCGAAUGCCUAAACCUGAGUCUGUGCAUCGCUGUGGGAGUCUGCAAUCACUUGAGAGAUGUGAUAGUCUUACAUCAGUCGGAUCCAAACAUAGCGCAUCUAAGGAAAGUGGUCACCUUGUCAACAACAAUAGAACAGGCCGAUCAGUACCCAGGCUCGGUGUGUCACCAUCAGCUCCAGUAAUGUCCACUCCAGCCAUUCCUGUCAUUCCUGUUACAGGGAAAUCCAAUCAAACCAAAAGUACUUCCACUAAUAAAAUGGUGGCAUCAGGAAAUAAAUGCCGAAGUCUCUCUACAAGUGGUGUGAAGGGGUUAAGCACAUCGGUUAAAUCAUUAACCCAGUCAAUGGGUCGAAGUUCCAGUGUGCCAUCAAAUGGAAAAACAAUAUCUCAUUCAACACAGGUGGCAAAUUGCAAACCUGGUAAAGGAACAAUCAUGGGAACAAAGCAAGCCGUCAGGGCAGCAAAUAGCCGCGUCUCUGAACUAGCAUCUGGGGCUUCCUCCAGUAAAAUGGGCCAUUUGAGAGGAUCCACGGAUUCUGACAGUGGGAAUGACAGUGGGGUCAACCUGAGUGAUGAAAUAUCACAGAUACCAGUCUUGCCUUCUCCAUACAGUAAAAUAACUGCACCAAGGAGACCUCAACGCUACAGCAGCGGGCAUGGUAGUGACAACAGCAGUGUUCUUAGUGGAGAGCUGCCUCCAGCCAUGGGAAGAACAGCUCUUUUUUAUCAUAGUGGUGGCAGCAGUGGCUAUGAAAGUAUGAUACGUGACAGUGAAGCUACAGGGAGUGCAUCAUCUGCACAUGAUUCCAUGAGUGAAAGUGGAAUGUCUUCAUCUGGUCGUAACAGAACUUCAAAAUCCCCCAAAAAGCGGACGGCUGUUUACAAACAUCAAGAUGCUUUCUUUGGAGCAGUCACUUCAGUACCAUUAUCCAAUGAAAAGUUGGCAACACCGCAACCUUGUCAUAAACGAAUCAGUGACCUGAAAAGGCUUGUGAGAAAAAAUUGUUCAAAGGUUGAAAGAACGUUCUUGAGGUGCUAUGCUCCAGAGGAAAUGGAAGAGACACAACAAUCUUCAAAAUCAUCCUAAGGGGAAAGUACCAAUCUUGGAGCACCAGACAAUCUGAGGAGUUGCUGUUCUUCAAUUUAUACACUGUUUAAUGUUAAAGGAUGUAUCCUUCCACGACUCUACCUGACAGCAAGGAAUUCAUUACUGGGAAGGAGUCAUUGGGGCAGAAUUUCAGCUUUUCACCUGGAUAUACUUCAAUGAACAUAAAAGUUUUGUGGUGAUUAUUUUGAGGGAGCUAAUUGGUAGUUACAAUCUUACAACACAGCAACAAGUUGCAAGUCUGGCCCAUUAACUAUCAGUAAACAUAGAAAUAUAUGGG